ACGUCACGCAAGGCCGCCCCCAGAGCGGCGCAGCGUGUUGUGUGUCACGUCCGGUUUCGUGCUGUGGAGAAGGCGAAAUGAUUCCGCCGGUGGAGGUUUCUCCCCUGAUUAAGUUCAGCAGGUACUCAGCACUGCUACUUGGGAUGAUCUAUGGAAAGAAACGAUAUGACUACUUGAAGCCUAUUGCUGAAGAAGAAAGGAGAAUAGAAGCAGAGGAGAAAAAGAAGCGUGAGGAAAUGGAGCGAAUUGCAAAAGCAAUUGCAGAAGCCAAUGAAGAUACAAUACUGAAAUAAACCUGCUUUUGAUCCUUCUCUUUAUGUUUAAUACUUGGUGUUUGAAAUGUUGGAGUAGAUAAUCUUAAGUAACAGACACAUUUAUUUACAUCAAUAAACAACUGUUCAAGUUU